GUCUCUGCAAGCUAUGUGCUAAAGGAAUGCAUCAACUCAUAUUGGGCAAACUAAUAAAAGGGGAUCUAAUUUGUUUCAAAUUUGUCAAGAUUAGUCUGUGCAAAAAGAGGGUAGAUUUUUAUUGUUUCACCUUCUCAGUCUGA